AUGAAUAGCUUAAAUCCCCGAUUCGAAAUGCCAAUAAAUGCAUUAUAUCAUGCACGAUCUGUGAAUUCAUGUGAUGUAUGUCACGAGCGUCCAGAAGAUUUACCUCGUGUUUUUCAAAUUAUCUAUGAUCGCCAAUGUUUAAACAACAAUAAUAAUGGCAUUAAUGUUAAUGGUAACAACACUGUCCCCAGCGGUAUGAAACAAUCUUCAAGUGGUGUUAGUGGAGUAGGUGGUGGUGGACUGUCUAAUUCAAAUUCAGGUGAUCCUGGAGGUAUACCACGUAAGUCUAGUGUUGGAUCAAGUGGAUUAUUGUCAACUUCUAGUCAACAUCCGUCAAAUUCACGUCGUAUUGUUAGAACUGAUUCCGCUCCUAGUUCUCAUGCUCAUUCUAUAUCUAACUUGUCUAAUAACAAACGAUCAAAUCAUACAGAAAACUCUGCAUCUGGACAUCAAGUUAAUUCUCAGUCCAAUGAUUCAGCGCAUAGUGUAGAAUCUACUACAAUAAACACUAGAGGGCAUGUUUUACAACGUAUUCUUUUUAGAUCAUAUGCAACCUGUGAUCUGUGUCAAAAUUCAUGCUCUAGUGUUUUUCAUCCUCCUUUAGCUUAUCAAUGUACAGACUGUCAGAUUAAACUGCAUGCAUGGCAUUUGGAGAAUAAUGAUUAUACUUUACCUCAGUGUGCUAAAGCUGUUGGUGUUUGUUUAUUACGUGCACGUACAGUUCGUGAUAAAGAACAAUGGAUGGAGUAUUUAUUAUUGGCCAUUAAAAUAACAAAGUUAUUAUCAUCUAAUAUAGCAAUUCUUAAAUCUAAUAAUGCAGAAGUGCCAAUAUCAUCAAUCCAACAACAAUCGAAUCCUGCAAUAACGACAACACGCAGUAUUUCUCUUCUUGGAUGUGGUCCAUCUCAAUCUAUUUCACCUAGUGUUGCAUCAAAUGCAGUAACAAAUAUGGCUACACCUAUACGAUUCAUCAAUUUAACUCCAUCAUCUGAUCAACAAAUUUCACACACUCGUUCAAGAUCUUCAAUAUGUGUUCAAGAUUCGUUAAAACGUCGAUCACGUAUAGAAAAUUCAUCUACCAAUAGUAGUAAUGAAUUUUCAUCAUUAUCUCAUCAGUCGUAUAUUCCUACGCUAUUACCUUAUUCUUUACGUCCAAGUUUUGCUGGAACCACUACUUCUAUUACUAGGAAUAGUAAUAAUAUUCACAAUUCUAAUGGUAAUGCUUUUAGUAACAACAAGGCAGCAACAUCAACAGAGGUAAUGACAACUGCAUUAUCCCCUACUAUAGGAACAAUUAAUAAUCAUGAACAUCAGAUGAGUCGAAGUUUUACACUUGGCUCAACAAAAUAUAACAGUGAAGAUUAUACAGAUUUUUCUGUUGGCUAUACAAAUAAUUAUCAAUCUGGUAUCGCAACAAUUCGACCUAUUACAAGAGCAGAAAGUUCAAAUUGUCAGAGUAAUAGCUAUACUAGUAAUAAUAUUAAUCUGAGUAUGAAUAAAUUGCCGAAUAAUCUUUCUUCACCUAUCCUUCAACCGUUUCAUACAAGUUCAGUUGGAUCAACAGAUUCAACAACUGGUGACAUUUCACCUUAA